ACCAGUGGGAUCUUCAAUGGUUUGGCUUCUCAUUUUACUCAUUCUCAAUUUGAGUUUCUGUGACCUUUCACAGGCCAGGCAUCACAAGAACCUACCCUCCGCUGUCAUCGUCGGUACGGUCUUUUGUGAUACCUGCUCUCAAGAGAAGCUCUCAAAGACUAGUCGCUUCAUCUCAGGGGCAACAGUUGCUGUCGAAUGUGGAAACGGAGGACCAAAACCGAGUUUUAGGGAAGAAGUGAAGACAGACAAGAGAGGGGAGUUCAAGGUUGAUCUGCCAGUUUCAGUGAGCAGACAUGUGAAGACGAUUGAGGGAUGUUCUGUGAAUUUGAUUAGAAGCAGCGAGGCAUAUUGUGCAGUGGCUGCAGCAGCAACAUCAUCUUCCUUUGAACUCAAAUCAAGAAAUCAAGGCACACAUUUUUUCUCAGCUGGAUUCUUCACUUUCAAGCCCCUCAAACACCCAAACAUUUGCACCCAAAAGCCAUAUUCCAACACAUUCCAUGACAUGAAACAAGCUCUCCCGAUGCUCGACUACCCGGCUCUGCCGACCCCGAUCGAGAACCCGACGAUCGUGCCGAAUGUUCCUCGGAUUUACGACAAUCUUCCUCCCCUCCCAUUUCUUCCUAGACUCCCACCAUUGCCUCAACUCCCUCCUCUCCCACCUCUCCCACCACUCCCAGGCUUUCCAAUCUUUCCACCUAAAAAGACUGUAGAAAAUGCACCAAAUGGAAAGACUCUGCUCCCACACAAAAAGCAUUUGAGGCCACAUUUUGUUCUGCCUCCACACAGGCUGCAACACCCUCCUCUCUUCCCCAAUAUACCUUCUCUGCUUCCAUUUGAAAUUCCUCCUCCGCCCGUGGCAGCGGCAGUGGGGGCGGUGGCGGGUGGCUCGGUCCCGUCCCCGCCAUCCCCGACCUCGCCGACCCCUUUUCCUAUCCCUCCUGUUCCUGGCCUGCCUGGGAUUCCCUCGCCUCCUAGGCAAACUUCUCCUUGAAAUAUUUCAAACCUUAAAAGCUUUAAAAAAUAAAAAGUUGCACUAAUAGUUUUUGUUCUGCUUCUUUUCCAGUAAAAAUCAAUAAUCAUGAACUGAAGUUGAUGACAUUGAGGUAGUCUUUCAGUGAGGAUUGGACAUAAAAGGAUGUUUUGUUGGUGUUGUCUUUUGGAUAAGUUUGGUCAUAAAGUCCAAAUGUUGGGACAACUUUUGGAAUGGAUUUAUCUAAAUUUGCAGACU